GCAAGAGACUGCUGGCCAUCUUAUCCAUUGGAAUCUGCUUGCAUCUCAUCGACAGAGAGUGUUCUUACGAAUCUGAGAUUCCGUUCUGCUGCAUGUUCGGAUAAUCUGCCGGGCAGUGGUUCUCGUCUGACAGCUGCACCUCUUCGCGUUUCACUGAUCAACUUAACGCCGGCUUGCUCUGAACCCCGACCGCAUCCUUUGGCACAAAAGUCGACUGCCAGUGUGAUCGAGCCCUUCAAUACAACCUGUCAAAUCGAUAGCUCAACCCGCGAUCGCUCAGAGUUUCAUCCAACGAUCCCUCCCUGCCUCCGUACUCUCAUUAGAACCCGAGCGGGUCUUCGUACGUUUGAAGCCCAACCGAAGCUCUCUGAGCCAGCCUCGCGCCGCAGUCGAACCUGGGUCUUCACAACCACAUGCCUUUCGCUUUUGUACAGCAUUGACGUAUAUUUUGUUUGGGCUUUACGGUUACGUCGCUAUUGCAGCGCCUGUUGAUCAUGCUUCGUUCCGGUCUCAAUGCACGUCUUGGAGACUCUCUGACCGGAUCAAUUGUCCGAUAUUCGAAUACAUUGGAAAUUUGACCAGUGUCAAACACAGCCGCUAGAAUAGCUUCUUUCUCAUAUUUUCAACCAUGCUUUCUACAAUGGUCCGCCCGGAGGACGCCAUCAGGAUGCCUCGUUCAUACCGAAGCGACGUGGAUGAGGAGGAUACUAGCAGGCGAACUCCGGAACAGAACACCCUCUCCUCUUCGUCCUCCUCUUCUAACAAUGACGCGGCGGCAAAAAGCGAGGACGAGGUUACACUGGUGAACGGGUCUGCUGGUGAUGGUCGCAGCAGUAGCCUAGGGAAACAUCAGACGGGUCCCCGUCUUUUGUCACCCGACGAAACGAUUGAAUUGGCGCGGCGAGCAGUGGAAAACGGCAUCCAAGAGACCAAACGCUCCCUAGCAGGCAGUGAGGCAGUCAGCGAUGUGGUGAAGCCAAAAUUGACCAUUGACUUGGGCCAUUCCAACAUUGUCCGUAUACCCGAAGCGGUAGUUGACAUCAUCAAAGAUGAAGUUGAACGCCUCUCGCUAUCGAAUAAUCACCUUUUCCAUAUACCCUACCGGUUCGCAGAAUGUUCCCAUCUUCGGUAUCUCAAUAUUCGAGCGAAUAGUUUUCGAGAAUUUCCCAAGGGGGUAUACAAAUUGCCGCUUCUUGAAAUCUUAGACAUCAGCCGCAAUAAGAUCGGCCACCUCCCGGAGGAAAUCAAGAAAUUGUCCUCGCUCCGGGUCCUAUCGGUAAUGCAGAACCGCCUUGAUGAUUUGCCUCUGGGGAUCUCCGACAUGAACAAACUUCAAAUUCUUAAAGUAGCCGGGAACCCCUUGCGGGGCCCCCUGCGACGGCUUCUCGAGACGUCUGAGACAGAGUUCGCCCCCUCGACAAUGACGGAUAAUGAGAAGGAGGUCGCGGUUACUGCCGAGCUGAAGCGGUUCUUGAAAACCAAACAGCCUGUUACGACUCUGGAAGUCGAGAGGAACGAGCUCAGCGAGGGCAUGUUGGACACCCCUAAACCCGUCAAACGCGGAGUGAGCAGUCGGUUUCCGGUGAUCCCCAGCACCGGUGAUCUUUCUUCCGACCCAAAGUCACCGUCCUUGUCUCGUCCUCCGCCCAUACCUCUCAAAUCGCACUAUCGCAUUGCUUCGGGACAGCAUUCGGUCUUCCAGGGCGGUUUUCUCCCACGUUCCGGCGCUAGGCCUCUCGCUGGAGUCAAUGAACGCAACCGGAGCAACAGUGAAGGAAUCAUCCAGGCCUCUCUGGCCGCGCGUAACAAGCGGAUGGGAGUUAUCCGGAAGAAUACCGACUUAGGGACGUUGGACGAGACCCGGCCGUAUCGGAACAGUCAUUUACGGGGUUUGAGUUAUGGCUCUAUCCUUCGCACUCGGCCCAUUGCAGCCGUGUGCAACAGUAACUCUUCGAGCCCCAGUAGCCCGAGGGAACGAAGGCGCUUGAAGGAUGGCUUUGUCAAUCGAAUGUCGAGUCUGCCAGAACACAAGGGCGAAAGGGAAACCGCGGAACCUAUCAUCGAGUGUGCAAAGGGGAUUCUUUUUGCACUCUUCCAAGUGCAGUCGAAUGUUUCCUCUCUGAUCAAUGUGAUCAAACGCGAUGAUGCUCGGCGCAACAGUCUCGAGAUCGUGUUCUACAACGCUUCUACCCACGUUGAACGUCUAAAUGAAGCUAUAGAGAAUGCGGAGCACCAUUCUGACGAGGUGGAUGCGGUGCGCUUGUCGAAUGAGGCCGUCAAAAGGGAAUGCGAGACAUGCAUAAUUGCGUACACUCAUGUUGGAACGCAACUACGCAAUAGCAUCGACAAGAUAGUUGCCAAUGGCGACCCACGCUACUUGCGUUCCUUGAUGCUCAUGAUCUUUGGCAGCGUAGUUGAACUGCGCAACGCCUGUGCGAGCUUGGGCAUCCCACUCCAAACCCGCAAGCCGCCCUCUGCGACAAAGCCUUCUAUACCUGAAAUCAAAGAGUCCGCUAGCUCGGACCGCUUCCUUGGACCAACAGUCACUCCAACCAGAGGGAGGGAGCAUUCUUUGUCGACGCGCCGAUUGCGAAGUGACACCACAAUCCAGCACCCUCAGAUCACUACGACUGGACCUUUCCAGGCUGCUCAAAACUACCAGUCCGCUGUCAGUUCGCCUGGCUUUGCUCCGACUCCAUUCAGCCUUGGGGCACGAAGCCGGUCGAGUAGCAGGUCUAAUCAUAUCAACACAUCCGUACCGUCGUCACUCGCGACCCCUCGUUCAGGCGAGUCAUUCCCUCCAAUGCCCAGCGCCGUUGUACCUCGAAUCAAUCCCUUGACAGGCCUAGAUGAGAUCGAGGAGGAGCGAAUCUUUGAAAAGAUCUUCUAUCAACUUACCUCUGCCUACACCGCUGCCCUCCAAGCGUUGCCUUUGGCGCGCCGUCAACUAGUGCGAUGCCAUGAGGUAGCGGAGCAGGAACAUGAAUCUGAGGGCAUAUUAAUGCUAUGGAACAAUCUGAUCCGGCGGUGUCGGAUAUGCUUAGAAGUAUCCGAGGCCCUGGGUCUUCGUCUCUCUAACAUGAAGGUAAAAGAGCCUGGUGGCGGAAUGCGGAACCAGCGUGAGUUCUGGCAACUCUGCAAGGCGUUUAUGCAGUCCUUCGUCGAUCUAGUUACCGACAUGAGGGAGGUUCGAAGUAUGCAGCUUCUCCCGGGUGAUAUCAUUGUCAUACUCCGUCCCGUCCAGAGAGCAAGCAGAGAAGCAGGUCGGUUGAUCGACGCCUCGCCGUGGUCUUAUCUUGCCGAUAUGGCUCCAAGCAACGCAGCAGCAAACAUUUACGGGCCCCCGCUACAAUCUCAGCAUUCACAGCACCAAAAUACCGCAUCCAACGCAAGCAGCUUUCAUUUGAACUCCGGCGUCUCCCCGCAAUCCGUCCAUCUCCCGGCGACUCCGCUAAGUGCUGCCCUUGGUCCAGCCGCGCAGGCAACCGUGCCUUCUACCCCCGCAAGUGCGUACAGUGACAAAUUCUUCGAAGGGGAUGUGUUUCAGAGAGCUGACUCGUUGCUCUCAAUGCCCAAUCAGGCGCCAUUUUUCAGUCGUCGGUGAGACGGUAGCAUUUACACCUCUACGAAAGAGGCGGUGUUUCAUUAUUUGGAGUCUGUGCUGUGGUGAUUGGAGUUCUAUCGCAUAUUCUUGUGCUUCCUUUUGUUGCUCCGAGGAGUGGCUGCUCUCUAGACUUUCACCCAUGACCUUUGCAGGUACAAAGUACACUCUACUUGGGAGUUAUAAUUCUUACCAAGACCAGACAGAGAGCCUGGUCGCGUCUGUUUCAGUAUGCAUACCUGGAUUGUAUCGUGCGCAGUCGUGAUCCGAGUUGAGAAUCCUCAAGCUAUACACACCCACCCCGUCCUGAUUUACAUUGUCGAUAUUCGUUCAGUUCAGCCUUGUUUGUCUGUUUGUUCCUUUAGUUGUUUCUUUAUUUGUUCAUCAUCACCUGUCCGCAUUUUAUUCUACACUCGGAAACGUCAGGGAGUCGGGGAUAAAAGGGACAUCUACUACUACCACUACAUAUCUGGACUUUUUGCGAAGGGAAAAACGGCGUAUGGAUUCUUUAAUUCCCGGGGACAGAAACCUUGCAUAGCGUGUCAUAUUCCUAGCUUCCUUUUUACAUUCCCCUUCCUUGCCUUUGAUGGAUAAUGACUAGAGCGAAAUGAAAGAAUAUAUUGUG